AUGGCUCUGAUUACAGGCCGCCCCCUGCACUGGGCAAUCACUGCGACUGCUGGCUGCGGCUUCUUGCUUUUUGGAUAUGAUCAGGGCGUUAUGUCUGGCCUCUUGACGGGCAUUGCAUUCACUGGCCAGUUUCCCGAAAUCAAUACCAAUGCUGGGGCCGGUGGUAGUGCCUCACUUCAAGGCACGGUCGUUGCUAUCUACGAGAUUGGGUGCUUCUUCGGCUCCAUUCUUGCCCUUCUUUUUGGUGAAAAGAUUGGCCGUCGAAAGACCAUCAUGGCCGGAUGUCUUAUACUCUGCAUUGGUGGAGCUCUGCAAGCCUCGGCUUACAACAUUGCUCAUCUUAUUGUCGGCCGCAUAGUCGCAGGAUUUGGUAAUGGGCUAAAUACCAGUACUAUUCCUGUCUGGCAUUCCGAGUUGAUGAUGGCGCACAAGCGCGGCAAAGGACUAAGCAUAGAACUAGCUAUCAAUAUUUUCGGUGUUAUGACAGCGUAUUGGGUGGACUACGGGAUGUCUUAUGUCAACAACGCUUCGCAGUUCAGAUUUCCUCUGGCUCUUCAAUGCGUUUUUGCAUUAUUGACCUUUCUAUUCAUCAUUCCACUGCCAGAAUCACCCCGUUGGCUUAUUGCUCGAGAUCGACACGAGGAAGCGCGAAAAACUCUUAAGGAUCUGCUCGCCAAGCAAACUUCCACAGCAGACGGUAUCGAAUUUGUCAACCGGGAAAUGGCCGAAAUCCAACAUGCGAUCCACGAGGAACGAGAGGCUGCCCAGGGUAACUCUUACAAAGCAUUACUCAGGAACGGUGAACAGAAGUUCUUCUACAGGACGAUGCUUGGAAUCGGUGGACAAUUUAUGCAGCAGCUCUCCGGAAUCAACCUGAUCACCUACUAUGCUCCGAGUAUAUUCCAGAACUCUGUCGGACUCUCACACGACCUUUCUCUGUUAUUGGCUGGGUUUAACGGCGUCGCUUACUUCGUUUCAUCUUUAAUUCCUAUUUGGGUUAUUGAUAGACUUGGCCGUCGGAAGUUGAUGCUUUUCGCAGCUGCCGGGCAAGGUUGCUGUAUGGCCAUCCUUGCCGGAACAGUUCAUAAUGGCACAGCGCCUGCUGGUUAUGUGGCCACCGUUAUGCUCUUUCUGUUCAACUUCUUUUUCGCAGUUGGACUUUUAGCCAUCCCUUGGCUGCUUCCGGCUGAAUAUGCACCGCUCGCCAUUCGUCAACGUGCAGCUGCACUCGCCUCGGCUUCGAACUGGAUUUUUACUUUCCUCGUGGUAGAAAUCACCCCAAUUAGCAUCAGUAGUAUCGGUUGGCGUACAUAUGUCUACUUCUGCGUUUUCAACUUUUGCUUCCUUCCUUUAAUUUACUUUCUCUAUCCGGAGACGCAAAACCUUACGCUUGAGCAAAUCGAUAAGUUGUUUACCGGUGAAAAGAUUUUAUUGCAUUGGAGAUCGUCAAUGGACAAUGUCGACAUUUCGCAUUCGGAAUUGAAAGAAGAGGUUGAGGAACAGCACGUGGAAAAGUCAGCAGCCUAA